ACCUCAAUUUUACAGCUUCACCGUCACCCUGGACGGAUGCUAGAGCCUUUCCUUUUUAUUAAAAUGCAUCCGUUUUCACAGGCUGCAUGAUCAAAUGCCAACUCACCUAGUUUAUCUGAAAUAAUUCGGAAUUCCUUCUCCGGAUGAAGAUCGAUUGCUGGUUUUAGUCUGGUUCUGGAUCCUGUUUGGCUCCACAUCUGUGAAAUGAGGGCCAUAUUAGAGGACAAUAUGAAAAUAUUGAUAGCAUCCAAUUGCCUUAAAUCAGCAACCCUCAUUCUGUGCGCGAUCGUCCCAAACAAAUAGCGACACUCAAACCCUCUUGCUUUAAGUUUUUUUUUUUUUCCAGAACUUUUUGGAGCGCUGUCACGAAGAGAAUCAUUGCUCAUCAUGGAGACAAUGUCAAAUAAUAGCAGGGGGGAGGUGAAAAGCUUUGGAAAUAUUUUAUUCCACCUAAGGAUAAAAUGUAGAUGACAUCUUUGGCUUAGAAACCCAAAUUUCUCUCUCCCUGCUGGGUCGCUUACCAAUUUCCCAGUUUUUGAAAUGAAACGUUUUGAUCACAGUGGAAAACAUGUUCAUAGACCCAGAACAGGUUGCUAAAGUAGGGGGCUUGCAACCUUAAACACUCAAAGAGCCAUUUGGACCUGUUUCCCACAGAAAAGAAAACACCGGGAGCCACAAAACCCUUCCCGCGCCUGACUAUUUCUUGAGCGGCCACAAAACUAGCAUCUGUAGUUGAAUUAAACAUUCUUUUUUUCUUCUGAAACUUUUCUUUUCUUGGAUUUAUUCAUGGUUGGCCUACCGGGGGUUGAAAAGCUCAAUACAUCAUGUGCCGGUGGGUGUCGCACAUUGGCGGUUGCGACUCAUAUUUUGAGCGACAGGGAGCCGCAGCAGAGGGGCGAAAGAGCCACAUGCGGGCUCCAGAGCCGUGGGUUGGUGACCCCUGUGCUAAAGGAAGGGAAUGGUUGACGUUUUUCCUUGGACAAGUCACCACCAGGAAAUCUCAACAACGGUUUCGACUGGUGCAAGUCAUGAUGCUAAGACUUCUGCUGAGCGCGUUCUUCCCCUGCCUGAUCUUAGCUGCCCCGUCUCAUAUUAACAAACUCGCUCUAUUUCCGGACAAGAAUGCCUGGUGCGAGGCCAAGAACAUCACCCAGAUUAUCGGACACAAUGGAUGCAAUCCGAAAUCCAUCCAAAACAGAGCCUGCAUGGGCCAGUGCUUCAGCUACAGCGUCCCGAACACUUUGCCGCAGUCGACGGAGUCCCUGGUGCAUUGCGAUUCCUGCAUGCCCUCCAGCAUCCAGUGGGAAAUUGUGUCGCUGGAUUGUCCCAACCACCAAUUUAGCUCCCGGGUGGAGAAACUGGUGGAAAAAAUUUUACACUGCAGCUGCCAGGCGUGCGGAUUGUACCUGGAAGAGCCCCACCAUCAAGGAGCCCCCAACUCUCCCCCUUUCAUCCACCUCCCUGUAGGCGAGGCUGCCAGGCCUGAGGAACGCCCGGAAUACGACUGAAUUUCCACCACAACCCCCCCACCGGCUCCAUUUUCUCUCCACGCUUCUCUCUUUCUCUUUUUCUCUCUCUCUCUCUCUGUCUCUCAAACCUUCCUCCUGUUCUGACGUGGGGGGAAAAAACCGGAAAAACGAGGGCAGAAUCCAAGGGAGCCCUCUUGCCACCCGGGAGAGAAGAGGAAGCUGGGCUGGUGGGUGGGUUGGGGUGGGGUGGGGACAGACGGACGGAUGGACGACGUCUGGAUUUGGGAUCGGAAAGACGAAGACGAGAAGAGGCCGGCUGGCGAACCGAAAGGCCUUUCCCUGCCAAGAUGGCGUCACCGUCGCCAGCUUGGCCAAGAGAACAGUUCUUAAUUCCCUGGUGGAGAUUCUGCCGGUUCCAGAUUUGGGGGACGGUGAAAGUGGGCGAUUGCCGAGAGGAAAGGAACGCAUCUUCCUUCCCUUUGCUCCGAGAUCUUUGGUCAAAAUUGGGCAGAACAAACGUGGAUUUUCUUGCUGGAACAUGGGACUUUCCCCCAUAUAUAUAUAUAUAUGUGUGUGUGUGUUUUCUGAGGUUUUCGCGGGUGUUUGUAGGUAGGUCUUUGGUUAUUUGGGUUUUCUCCCGCGUAAAAUUGGAAGUGUCUUGGCGACGUUUCGACGAAGUCUCAUUCGUCAUCUUCAGCUUCGUGCUUCUGGGAGCAAUGUGCACAUUGCUCCCAGAAGCACGAAGCUGAAGCCUGAAGAUGACGAAUGAGACUUCGUCGAAAUGUCGCCAAGACACUUCCAAUUUUACGCGGGAGAAAACCCAAAUAACCAAAGACCUAUAUAUAAAGAUAUAAAUAUAUAUGCCAGACUGAGGAGAAACCUUGUUCAGCAGUAUUAUGAACUUUUAUCAGAACAGGUUUGGGGUCCUCGGGGCGAGGGUGGGGGGGAUCUUGGACCUUGGUUUCCAUCACACCAGCCAGGAAAGGCUCUGGGAUGGGAGUUGUAGUCCAGAAUUGCCGGAGGACACUAUACAAGUCAUCUAUCUACCCAUGCUUUUGGCCUUGAGCUCGUAGUGCCCGAAUAAUUUCUCCCCGUUUUUUCCUCCCUCAAGACGAGGUUGAGUCGCAAACUCCCGUCGCCGGUGUGCGGGACACCCUCCGUGCAACGCACAUGGAGAGCGACUCGAGAAAGCGUGUUCAAGCGGCUCUCCUUGGACAACGCACCCCAGAGCGCGAUCUCGUGAAAAUGGCCGUCUCUCUCUAGUCACGUUUGUUUGGGGGGGGGGAGGGGGGAUUUUUUUCCCGCCGCAGCUGGGCUUUUGAUCCCCCAGGAGGAUCUGAUGCCGAAGGUGACGCCGUUGGGCGACGCGCCCCCACGUUUUCCGCACGCUGUCACAAGCUUUAAGGGGGAGAGGGCUGUGGGGUAAGGGGGCACCCAAGCGGUUUUUCCUUGGAGGAAACAUCGGGACUGGCCGUUGCUUGGAUCCACUGAAAACCUAGCCGUGUUUUAGAAGCCGACGGUCCCUCUCCUACAGCAGGUUUAAUUCCCGCCCGUCCAGAGGUGAGAUUCAAAUAAUUUUAACAACUGGUUCUCUGCCCUAAUGACCGACUGGGUGGGCGUGGCCAGGGGUUGUGACAGGCAGCACUGGCCACCUGUACCCCCUGGGAACAAAGAUGGGCUGCGAUGGGUAGGGGGAACACGCUGGCCCCCCCAUACCCAGCUUUGGGCCUAGUAGGCUUCCCAGCAGCCUACUGGGAGCAAAAAUGGGCCGCGGGGGGACGCAUUGCCCCCCCCAUGGCCCAAUUUGGGCUUAGGAGGCCUCCCUGCACUUGCCUGGGGGGCAAAAGGAGGCGCAUGGGGACUCCUGGUAGGGGCGCGGCCAGCCAGCAGUUUAGCUACUGGUUCGCCUGAACCGGCUGAGCCCAUCCCCUGUAUUUACCCCCAAUCUUUUGUGUUCCGGUUCAGACUUUACUUCCAAGUAGCACUUUAACAAGCCAACAAAGGCGUGGAGAACAUCUGGGACUUUUGGAAAACAAGGGGGAAGGGUUUUUUUCCCCCCCUCGAACGAUCACUCUUGGCCAUUUGGAACCAAAUGAGCCAAACCAGAAUGGAAGAGUUAAAUCCUUCCUCUUGCAGCAAUCCGUCGGGCAUUUCCUUCCGAAAGAAUCGGGGGCUCCGUGUGGCGUCCCGAAAAGGUGGUCAUUUUUCUCUCCAUGUUUUCGUUGUCGAUUUUGACCACGGAGGUGCCCACACGGGGGAGCCUUGCACAAACUCGCCUCCUUUCUCGCUCUUGAACCAGGGAAGUGCCUCCGAGGCGGUUUUAAUGCACGUUCAUUCAUGCACACCCACUGUGUAUAUAUAUUUUUUUUUUUUGGGAAAAAAACCUAUGUAGCUAUUUCCACUGCCACCAUCACCUUAAAUAAAUUAGAGUGUGAACUUUU